ACUUGCAUUAUUAGAACAGGGUUCAGCAGUGGAUGGGAUGGCGUUGUCAUUUGGUCAGACACAAAAUGAAGAAGAAGCGAUGCCAGUGGUGACAGUACUAACCGUUGAUGUAUCUGAUUCUGUAAUAGACCAACUCAAUAAUGAAAGGAGGCAGGAAAAGAAACAGAGAGAUCAAGAGGCACUUGUAAUUUCUCAGGACGUGACUAAAAUUCCUGAGGUCACAGACAUGUUAACUUCAGAGCAAGACUUAUCACAAUCUUAUAAGACUAGUUCUGAGAGCAUAGGUUCAGCAUAUUGCGUCUUAUCAAGUUAA